AUGGAUAUCCACAUUAAAAGAGUGUUUGAAAAACUGAAAUCAAGUCAGAGAAAGACAUUUGGGAGCAUUUUAGAAGGCAUCUCAAAGAAAGGAACCCCAACAUUGCUCAAUGACAUUUACACAAAGCUGUACAUCCUUGAGGGAGAGACAGAGGGAAUAAACCAUGAACAUGAGGUUUGUAACUUAGACAGCAUUUUCAAAUCACAAUCUUCUCAAAACACUCCAAUUGACCUCAAUGACAUUUUCAAACCUUUACUCAAUGAAAAUGAUCAAGAAGAUUUUCGAGUUGUCCUGACAAAAGGAAUUGCUGGUAUUGGGAAAACAGUUUCUGUGCAUAAAUUUAUCCUGGACUGGGCAGAAGAGAAAGCCAACGGGGACGUAGAUCUCAUUAUUGUGCUUCCCUUUCGAGAUCUGAACACGUUGAAUAAAGAUGAUGAAGGGUACAGUCUUCAAGAGCUGCUGGAGGAGUUCCAUCCUGUGCUUAGAGAUGUCAAAGACCCAAAGGGCUAUGAGAACUGCAACAUUGUGUUCAUCUUUGAUGGUCUGGAUGAAAGCCAACUUCCUCUUGAUUUCCACAACAACAGGAGGACAUCUAAUGUAACAAAGAAGUGUUCAGUGGACGAGCUGAUUACAAAUCUCAUACAAUCUGAUCGUCUUUUGCCAUCUGCACGUAUUUGGAUAACUUCUCGACCAGCAGCACUCCACAAAGUCAGCGACUGGACACAAGUGACACAUCGUUUGACUGAGAUUCAAGGAUUCAGUGACCCACAGAAGGAGGAGUAUUUCAGGAAGAAGAUCCGUGAUGGUAAUUUAGCAGACAGAGUUAUCUCCCAUAUCAAAAUAUCAAGAAGCCUCUACAUCAUGUGUCACAUCCCAGUCUUCUGUUGGAUAUCAGCGACAGUGCUUUCUUAUCCGGAGGUCUUGGACACUGCUCGCAAAAAUAUCCCUACCUCCCUGACUACCAUGUACACCCGAUUUCUUCUUUAUCAGAUGCAGAAGAAGAAUGAGAAGUACUACGGCAAACACAAUACGUUGCCAUUGUCUGAGACAGACAUGAAGAUAAUCCUCAAAUUGGGUGAGCUGGCCUUUGCAAACUUGGAGAAACAAAACCUGGUGUUUUCUGAGAUGGACCUGAGCAAGUAUGACAUUGACGUCACUGAUGUCUCGGUACAUUCAGGAGUGUUUACAGAAGUGGUCAAAGAGGAAGAUCCCAUCUUCAAAGAGAAGUGGUACAGCUUUGUCCAUCUCACCAUACAAGAGUAUCUUGCUGCAUUCUAUACAUUCUACCAGUUUGUCUCUGAAGGAUCAAACCCAUUUCCAGUACAAGAAACCAGACAGCCAUAUCCAAGAGAAGACAGAUAUAAUCUCUACACAUAUGACUAUGAAGAGGAAGGUGAACAGAGUGAUGAUACAGAGAAAACGAAAACUCUGCAUGACCUACACAAGGCUGCAAUUGGUCAGGCGCUGGAGAGCAGUAACGGACAUCUGGAUCUCUUUCUCCGAUUCCUACUUGGGCUCUCGGUGGAUGAGAGUCUGGGGAGAUGUUUGAAUUUACAAAUAACCAGAGAUCAAGAGAGCAUCAUGAGAACCAGCCAGCUCAUUAAAACUAAGUUCAGAAAGGACAACGAGAGAAAGUUUCUAUCCCCCGAACGUUGCAUCAAUCUCUUCCACUGCCUCACCGAACUCAAAGACGACUCAAUGUUGAAAGAAAUUCAGAACUUCAUGAGGAAUCUUUCUGAUCAGACAAUAAGCGCAGCCCAGUGCACUGCUCUGGCCUAUAUGAUUACCGCGUCAGAUGAGGUGAUGGAGGAGUUUGACCUGAGGAAGUACAAGACAUCAAGAGAGGGUCGGAUAAGACUGAUUCCGGUUCUGGGACGCUGCGUCAGAGCUAAACUUUGUGGAUGCGAAUUGGAUCAAGAUACCUGUGACAUAUUGGUGAGGUCCAUGGAGAUGCCAUUAUCCCAACUUAAGAUACUUGACUUGAGUUACAACCCCUUGACAGAUGCUGGAGUAGAGAACAUUUUUCAGGCACUUUUAAGCAAAAAGUGUGAGCUGGAAACGCUGAGGUUGUGUGCCUGUCACAUCACUAAGACGUCCUGUGUGACACUGGCCAAGGUCCUUCAGCAGUCGAGUCUCAGGGAACUGGACCUGAGUGGCAAUCUGUUAGGAGAUGAAGGAGUUAAGCUGGUCUGCACUGGACUAAUGAGUCCCCACUGUCGGUUAAACACACUGGGAUUGAAAGACUGCAAGCUCUAUAAAGGAUCAUGUGAGGCUUUGGCUCCUGUCUUGUGGUCUUUUUCGGAGCUGAAAGACUUAGACCUGUCCAACAACGACUUGCCAAACGCAGGACUGAGACGACUAUCGGUUGGAUUAAGGAAUCCCAGCUGCUCCCUUCGUGUCCUCAGGAUGUCUGGUUGCCAGAUCACAGAGAGAGGCUGUGCUUUGCUUGCCUCCGCUCUCAUCAGAAAUCCCCAUCAUCUUGAAGAGCUGGAUCUCAGCUACAAUCACCCCGAAGAGUCAGGAAUACAGCUGCUGUCUGCCAGACUGGAAGAUCCACACUGCCAUCUACAGAAGCUGAACAUUGAGCAUGUUGGGGAAAGGCACCUAAAAUGGGGUUUCAAGAAAUAUGCAGUAGACCUCAAAUUUGAUUGGAGUGACGGAGUAGACCUAUCUCAAGACAGAAAGAAAGCUACAAGAAGAAAUAUGGAGAUGUUCUACAGCCCAUUCGACUCAGACGAUGACGAUAUGUCUAUUUUGCCAAAGUCCAACUUGCAAAACUCCCAGGUGGAAGUGCAGUGUUUCCCAAGUCUGUCGGGGGAACGCUUCUACUGGGAAGUGGAUUGGACUGGUAUGGUUUUCAUUGGUAUGAGACAAAGGUUUGGUUUCAACUCAUUUGAAAAGUAUUAUCUGGCUUGCAGCAGGGAUCAGUUAAUUGCUUUCCACAACAACCGGGUCAGUACAAAGUCGGUGUCACAUUUAAAGAAGCCAAAUCCAGACCCUCAGCGGAUCGGUGUGUAUUUGGACUGGCCAGCGGGUAUUUUGUCUUUCUACAGCGUCUCUUCGGGCGAGAGGACUUUCUUGCACACGUUUCACACCACAUUCAGCGCACCCGUUGUACCUUUUUUUUCCUUUGCAAAGCCACAUCCUUAUGAUGGCAUUGGUUCAGUCACUCUUCGUACAUUUUGAAUCUGUAAAUGAGGCAACUGCAUUGUGAACACAGCAGCAAAUAUGUACACAGAUGUGUCAUUUCCACAGAAUAGGCUAAGCCUUAUUAUAUGUACAGUACUUCCUCAUCACCGACAUUAAAAUGUGCGCAUUUUAAAUCAAAUGUAGUAGCUAUCAGAAUAUCAGAAAAUAUGUAUACAGAUGUGUAAUUUCCACAGAAUACGCCUGAUCAUAUGCACUUCCAGGGUGAGUCCAGGGUUAAUCAAAUGUAGUAGCAGUAGUAGUAGUAGUAGGCUUGUAGUACUGUAGUAGCAGUAGUAGUAGUAGCAGCAGCGUAGGUAAAGGCCCUGCAUUAUUUUUUACUUUAGCACUGUUAUUAUAAGACUUUAAUCUGAGCAGUUAGUGUGACAGUUACUUCGACUGUUCUAAGAAAUAUGCUGAGUUGUUUCAUUAAGGGGUGAUAUUUAGUUUGCCAUAGCCAGACAUCGUAACAUGUUCUGAUCAGAAUCAAAAUUCUUAUCAGUCUGGUAACAUGUAAUUUGGAUUAGAUUAUGGGCAUGUUUCAAGCUAGCCUGAAAGCCAGUCUAAAUUCACCAUGCCCCACAAAGUUUGAGGAUGUCAAAUGCUGUAAUUUGUGUUUUUCUGUUUGAGCCGUCAAUAUCUUGUACAUGUCUUGUAUAUCAGAUGAAAUGGCAGGCCUUAACCAUCUCACUUCUCCAGUGGCAGCAGUUGUGUUGUGAUCCAAAUCAACUCAAGGGUGCUCCACUCAAGUGAGGUAGAUGACUCCUAUACACUGUUGUGAUGAAUUUAUGUGUUUUGUUCCAAGUCUGAGCAUGUUUUAUUAACUCUAUUUUAUUGAAUCUUUUGAUGAGACAUUUCAUUCAUUUUCUUGCUAUAUGGAUCAUACCUAUAUGAUGUGAUGAUGUUAUGAAU